AUGUCGGAUCCCGGUAAAUCAAACACAGCAGCCAGCCAAGAGGACGUCAGCGGCAACGUUGCGUCCAAGAGCGCCGAAAAGAAACAGACGAAGCAGAAUGAGAAGGAAGCCCGUAAGGCGGCACGCCUAGCAGAGGAGAACGCUCGUGCGGCGGAAAAGGCAGCCCAGUUGGCGAAAUACGCGGAUUUAUUUGGUGCUGCGCCGCUGUUGCAGUCGACCACGUACUGCUCCAAGAAGUUUAGUGAAAUUUAUGCACUGACCAAAGAGCAUGUGGGCAAAACGGUGACUGUUCGCGCUCGAGUUGACACGACACGCAAGAAGGGCAAACUCGCCUUCAUGGUUCUACGCGACGGCACAGACUCCAUUCAAGCUAUGGCGGCUGUUGC